AUGGCCGCGACAACAGAAAACGCCUCGCGCCAAUUGAGCGACGCUCUCGUUGCCUUUUCACUCGAAGGCCGCUUCCCCGACGAUAUAUCGGUUCUUCCUCCUGUUUCCGAAACCGACCUGCAACCUGCGAUCCAGGCUCUGGCAGAAGCCAAGCAAGGGCUGGAGGCCGAGCUACACACCAUCAACCAAGAGACAAAACAAGAUGUCGAUUCAUGGGUACGGAAUUCAAAGACCUUACAGGAAGAUAUUUUCCGCUCAAAAGCGAUGGCCAACGAGAUUGAACGCCAAUCUGAGGCUCCCGAUGUAUCUGGAGAAGCUGUGCAAGAUGCAGAAGAGAAGGCAGAGUUUCUCAACCGAGAAGUUCAGUAUAGCCAGCAGCUUCACGGUGUAUUGCAAAGUAUUAAGAGCGUUCAUCAGCUCUUAAGUGAGGUCGAGGUUGCUAAGAAUGAACAUCGCAUCAUAGAUUCGCUGCGACUCCUCGAGAAAUCAUGGGAAGCGAUCGAUCAAAUAGGUGUCAGCAAGUCUUGCCGAGUAAUGAAGCUGUUGGAUCUGCGGAGUUUCGAGCUUAAAUCUGCUAUCCAUGAGGUUUUUGAUCAUAUUUGGAAGACACUAAUCCAUGCCGAUAUCGAGACUCGCCAAUUUGCUGUGUACGACGUUAUUGAGGACGAGCAAGUGAAUCUUACUGACGCUGUAAUUGGUCUCCAGGCCUACAAAGAGGUCGACGAGCGUAUGGAGCAGCUAUGGCGAAAUGUAGAUGCUGCUAUCAUAUCUCCUCGCAUGGAUAUCAGGAACGACACUUUUCCUUCGAUACAGGCAGACGGGGAUGUUCUCAAACUAUCUGGCGAAGCAUCAAGAUCAGUCGAUGCCCUUCUUGCUGACUUGGAAACAACAUUCGCUUUCCUCGCUCGAAAACUGCCCUCUACUCUUCUACCACCACUUGGCAACUUCAUGAUGGCCGACGUAAUACCCAAACUCAUUGGAGAAUGGUUGAUUCCAGCUGUGCCCUCAUCGCUCAAGGAAAUGGACAACUUCCAGGCCAUGAUCAAAAGGGCCCAGGCGUUUUGUCAAUCCCUCACUGAUAAUGGAUAUACCGGUUUUGCGGAUCUACAGAAUUGGGUUGAUAAUGCACCGGCAAUAUGGCUAGGGAAAUGCCGAGAGACAACUCUGGAUUCUGUUCGAUCCAAGUUACUUGACGGCAUUGGCGAGUCCAAACAGGUCGAAAAGGUUGAGAAGCAGAUGGUAUCAAUCGCAGAAGGUAAAAAGAUUACCAAGACACCAGGAGGGGCUGGCGCAACUGCCGAAACGGCUGACUGGGGUGCUGACUGGGGCGAUGCAUGGGAGGAAGAUAACGAACAGGCUAAGGACGAGAGCAAACCUUCGACGAAGGGGCUGGGUUCUACCAAGGCCGAUGAAGACGACGGCGCAGAUGCGUGGGGUUGGGAUGAGGAAGACACCACUGUUGAAGCUCAAGACACAAAGCAAACAGCCGAGAAGGACGAUGAGGACGACAGUGCUGCCGCUUGGGGUUGGGGUGAUGAAGACACUGCCCAAGAACCAGAGAAAGCCCCAGCAGCAAGAAGCAAGAUUCCGCAGGCUCAAGAAGAAACUCGAGAGCUUAUUUUGAAAGAAACUUACAGCGUUUCGUCCAUGCCCGAGCCAGUUCUCGAGCUCAUUUACGCUAUUCUGGAGGAUGGUGCUACAUUGACAAGAGACGAUGUUGAAUAUGCGCCAGUUGCAGCCACAGCCCCUGGGCUCUUCGGUUUACCCACGUUCGCCUUGGCCUUGUUCAGGGCCAUCUCACCAUACUACUACUCUCUCAGCGAAGGGGGCAACAUGUUCUUAUACAACGACGCUAUGUAUCUGGCAGAGCGGCUCUCUGAGUUUGCUGAUGCGUGGAAGAAGCGCGAAGACCUGACUCCCAGAGCCCGGAAUAUGCUGCGACUUGAAAACGACAUCAAGAGCCUACAAAGCUUUGCUAAUCGCAGUUACGCCAACGAGAUGAACAUCCAGAAAACCAUCCUUCGCGAUUUCCUCGGUGGAGCUCAAAGUCUGAUGCAGCAGGAUGAAAUGGAGUCUUGCGUAGAGUUGGCAACGGGUCGCAUUCGCGCGAUGGCAUCUGUCUGGAAAUCCAUUCUGGCUCGUUCAGUUUGGACACAGGCUUUAGGUUCCCUGGCUGAUGCUGUCGCAACGAAGCUGAUCACAGACGUCCUUGAGAUGUCAUCCAUUGGUCAGGACGAGGCCUACAAUAUAGCCAAGGUCAUUGCUACUGCAACAGAACUCGAUGACCUCUUCCUGCCCAGCGUUUUAACGGGUACUGCAAGUGCAGAUGGUGAGGUUCCUCAAACAGCUCAGUAUGCGCCCAGCUGGCUUCGUCUCAAGUACUUGAGCGAAGUACUUCAAAGUAAUCUUAAUGAGGUCCGAUAUCUCUGGUUUGAGAGCGAAUUGAGUCUUUACUUUUCCGCUUCAGAAGUCAUUGACCUCAUCGAGGCUAGCUUUGAGGCGAAUCCACGAACUAGGGAUACGAUUCGGGAGAUUCAAUCCAAGCCUGAUCCUGUGGCUGAACGGUAA